UAGGGUUCUUCGUGGCUAUGGCGAAGCGGGAAGACGAUCUCCGGACGCCGGGCGAGCUGCUUGGCCUGGCGUCCGAAUUCAAUGCCGGCAGAGGCUCCUACUGCCACGACGGUAAGAUUUACGCCUCGCUCGUCGGGAUCCGGCAUUUGAUCGAGGCGAAACAAGGCUCGGAUGAUCUGAGGCCUACGAUCGAGAUUCGCAGGGAGAAGGAGAGGGACGCAGUGCCAGAAGCUGGAUCGACAGUCACUGCCAAGAUCACGAAAGUCCAGGCACGAAUGGCUUCGGCUGAUAUCGUUUGCGUCGGGCCAAGGGCCGUGAAGGAGAAAUUCACGGGCAUAGUCAGACAACAGGAUGUAAGGCUCACUGAGAUCGACAAAGUAGACAUGCAUUCUUCGUUCCGGCCUGGAGACAUCAUUCGAGCGGAAGUGAUCUCGCUCGGAGACUCUCGCGCUUACUAUCUUUCCACUGCAAAGAACGAACUUGGCGUCGUUUCGGCUGUGAGCGUCGCUGGUGCUACAAUGGUUGCCGUAAGCUGGCAAGAAAUGCAAUGUCCUUUAACGAACCAAAGAGAACCACGUAAGGUCGCGAAGGUGGUCACUUCAAACGAGUGAUCGAAUAUUCCUAGUCACGCAUGCCGUGUCCGGGUCACCGUCCAUCCAGGUGUGGGAAUAUCAGCCGUUGGAUGACAUUAACUUUCCCGCUUCUUUACAAACGCUAUCCCGCCAUUUUCUCAGCUAGUACCACAUUCUCUUUUC